GUAUUUAAGCGCGCUGAUGCAACGGCGCUCAGGAGAGGAAGAGUUCAGCACUAAACACAACAACACCGCCACAGACAGACAGUGAUGAUGCCGACUCUGUCUCCAUUUGCGGGUUUUCCCGCCUCCACGCUGAAGGAGCAGCUCAAACUGGCUGAGAUUUUCAGUCUGCAGGCCUCCAUGACCCCCACUGAGCUGUCACACAUGGGCAAGGGACCAUUCAGCCUUCUGCAGAGUGAGAUGGCUGAUGAAGAUGAGAGGAGGAAGAGGAGGAGAGAGAAGAAUAAAGUCGCAGCGGCUCGUUGUCGCAACAAGAAGAAGGAAAGAACGGACUUCCUCCAGAAAGAGUCGGAGCGGUUGGAGGUAGUAAAUGCCGAGCUGAAGUCUCAGAUUGAGGAACUGAAGCAAGAACGUCAGCGUCUCGUCCACAUGCUCAACCUCCACCGUCCCACCUGCAUCGUCCGCACAGACAGUGUCCAGACGCCCGAGAGUGAGAAGAACCCGCUGCUGGAGCAGAUCUCGGCCUCAUGAGGCCGCUCCAGGUAUCUGCAGGAGGACAGAGUGGAAAUUUCACCCCAAAACCAGAUGUCAUGGGUUUGUGGAACUUCUAGAGAUUAGACAUUUGAUGCCUUUUUGGAAAAUUGCCAAAGGAACAGUCUGUUAGUCAGAACUGAACAAAUUUGGGAUGUAAAGAUGGACAUGAGGAUCUUUGGGUUGUGUGGGAGGUGUCUCCACAACUUGAGAAACAGGAAGUCUUGCCCAUUGUUGCGCUCAGAGAUGAGACAUGUAAAGAAAUUACUAGAACGUUUGAAACCAAACUGGUGCCCUUUCUGAAAGCAGAGCUGCUUCCUGAUUUUGUGGAUUUCUCGAUUAUUUCCUCUCAAACAUCUGCUUGUGAGACAGAGACGAGACGCACAUGGAUGGAAGUGUGAACUGGGCAGGAAAAAGAAUCCCCUUCAUCUCACUCCUAUUUAUAUCAUCUUGUACACUGACUUCCUGUUCAUCUCCUGGGUAACAGGAAGUCCCAGAAGUAGCAGCCUGUCUUGCCUGGAAGUCCACUAUAUUGCGCAUGUUAUCCUGGAGGUUUCAGAGCAUCACUACUCUUCAUUAGGAGGCUGAAUUCUUGGUCAUGUUUCUCAUGAUGGUGUGAUUUGGGUCACUAAGCUGAUAUUACGACUUGGUCACGUGACUGCGUUAGUGUAAAACUCUGAAGAGCCACCAGGUGGUGCAAUUGAUGUGUUUAUUUUCAAAAAGGUAAAAAGUCAGAUGAGAAUAUUUGGUAUGUCUUUUUUGUUCAAAACAAAUGUACACUGGCAGGCUUUAUUUAAACAGCUAAAUUAAUAUUAUUAAACUGCAAAUUUUUAUAAAUAUAACCAUGUACCCGUCACCCCCUGGUGCUGUAAUGCUCAAAUAACUUAUCGCUGCUUUAUUUUCCAUAAAUUGAGGAACGGAUCAGUCGUCUGUGAUGCUGAACCCUGACAGUGUGACUGUAAUAACGUGUGCAUGGUUUUUACAUGUUUUUCUGUAUUUAGUGAUAUUGACUGUUACAUGAAACACUUUGUUUAAAAGUCACUUGAUGUGAUUUUUUUUUUUUUUUAAAGCUGUGGCUCUGCUGUGCGGAGUCUCAGGUCCGUCUGUUACAUUUUGGGAAUAAA